CGAGCGACCGUGGCCAGCCAUUUUGAUUAGUAACAUGGCGUCAGCAGAGAUUAAUAUGGCGUCCUCGGACAUAAUAACCGAAGUGGAGAUCCAACCCGACAUUCAGGAGGUCGAAAUCGAGUCGAUUCCAGUGGAAAUACCUUGCGAGACUGUGGAAACGACCAUCGAGGGAGAGGAUGGGCAGCCGAUGAUAGCAUUGCAACCGCUCCCAGAGCCGGGCCGCGAGGAAAUCAUACUGCAGACACAAGAGGAAAUCGUCGGUGGGGAUCCGCUCAGCGUUUACGACCAAAUUCCUGUGCCAGACAACGAUAUUUAUGUUGAAUCGAGUCCGGGUCCUUCGAGAAAGGGUCCCAAGAAGGCUAGGAAGGGUGGUACUGCGAGAUUCAGGGCGCCAGAUCACGCAAUCUUCGGUGAUAUGGGUUCAGAAACCAAGACUAGGAAGUGGGAGCAGAAGCAGGUGCAGAUCAAGACGCUCGAAGGAGAAUUCUCGGUGACAAUGUGGGCAUCGGGUACUGACGACGGGAGUGUCCUAUUAGCGUCUCACCUGGUGGAUGUUCCAGAUGAGGGCUCCAAUCCAGAGCCCGAUCCAGACUACACAGAAUACAUGACUGGCAAAUCGACGGCCAAGUUCAACCACUCUGGAAGUUCGGUAUCUGAUGGGAUGCCAGGCCUCGACCUUUCGGAUCCUAAGCAGUUGGCGGAAUUCGCGCGACCUGGGCACAAAUUAAAAGUACGCAAACCAGCUAUACUUGACGGCGUUGAACGCACGAUCGCAUGCCCCCAUAAAGGAUGUACGAAGAUGUUCCGGGACAACAGCGCGAUGCGCAAGCAUUUACAUACCCAUGGGCCCCGCGUCCACGUUUGUGCGGAAUGUGGGAAAGCCUUCGUCGAAAGUUCCAAACUUAAGAGGCACCAGCUCGUCCAUACGGGAGAGAAGCCUUUUCAAUGUACAUUCGAAGGAUGUGGAAAGAGGUUCAGUUUGGACUUCAACCUGAGGACUCAUGUUAGGAUUCACACUGGAGACAGACCGUAUGUCUGUCCUUUUGACGGCUGUAGCAAAAAGUUUGCCCAGUCUACGAAUCUGAAGUCUCACAUACUCACUCAUGCGAAAGCAAAAUCGCGCAAUGCCAUUGGCAGACAGGUAUCACAGAUUCAGUUACAACAACCUCAAUUUGUUCAAGUUGAAGUGGCUGAUGUGGACAAUCAGCAAUUCAUUGUCUAUGCUGAUUAGCCCCCCUAAAUGCCGAGUUUCCCCAUGAUGAGCCUCGUAUGAAGUAUCAUAACCAUUAAUUAUUAAUUAAAACAGUGUACAUAUUUACAAAACGCAAGCGAGUGAUGAGGACAGGAGGAUACUAAAGCUAUUAGCUAUCUUAAGGAUUCGAGUUAAUUAAUCGAUUAAUACCUCUGUGCUUAGAUCCAAGAAAGAUAAUAAAACGUCAGGAGCACUACGCAAUCGUGAAAACGAAAUAAAGUUACACUAGAGGAAGAGUGUACUUUUUCAGAGACAUGCAAGGUAGACUGUCGCGCACCGCUCAAUUUCAUGUCAAAAUGUUAUAAAAUAUCCUAGUGCGUGCUCAUAACACAUGACUGUAUAUAUUUAUAUGUAAAAUCAAAUAUUGUAUACAGUAUAUUUUGGAAAAAUUCAGAUGAGAAUAAACCAUGAAACGCAUCUUUCUCUCCAGACACGGUUAUGUAAUUUUAACGAUUUGAUAUCAAUUACAUUUUAAUGUUUACCAUUAAUAUGGAUACAAAUUGCGCGAAUAUUACUGGAACGUUAUCUUGUAAAGUUGGAAAUCGACAAGGUACUUUACUCAGAAGUUAUCGUAUAAAAAUAUAACUAUCAUUAAUAUUCCUAACUGAAUGGGUGCAAAUUAUGAAAGAGCGAUAUAUAUGAUCAGCAACUGUACAACACUUGCUACAAUUGUAUUUCAAUUGUUGCAAAAUUUAGUCUAUUACCUACGACUUAUUUACUAAUAUCAAAGCCGCGUGAAACAAUUUCGCGUAGCAUAUAUAGAUACGAAAUUUCGCGAUUUCUCUAAUUGAUUUGCAAUAUUGUGCAUAUUUGCUUGAAAAUAAUUGCCUCUAUAAUAUUUUGUAGUGUAAAGGAAACAUGUCGGUGAUUAUUUUAUUUUAUUUAAUAUUUUCAUAAUGAAGAUCAAAUGAUAUAUUGUACAACAUUUACAUGACUUAUGUACAUGUUCUAUACUGAAUACAGCAGAGUUUCAUGAACGCCAUACAAUGACGUUUUCAUAAGAAAAUAUAAUUUCUUAAUAAGGUUUUCUCAUUUGAAUUUUAAUAUGUCUCAACAAUCGAAUAAAAAACGACCUCAGUCUAUCUAAUAUGUCUAGUACUAUAUGUCUGGGAAUGGAUGUUCAAUGCGAGUAUACAAAUAUAUUCUAGUUUCGAUAUCAGCGGGGUUUAAUUGAUAAAUUGACAUUGAAGAAAAUAUAAAAAUUUACUCCCGUUUACGGCGAGAAUAAUGGAAGGAAGACUGUAAGAGCAAGUUAUAAGUGAAAGCGAUUACAAGCAAGUAGAACUAUAGGUUCGUAUUAUUUCCAUUAAGACAUGAAUACUUUGUUAUAUAGUCCUUUAAGUAUGUAACAGUUAACGCGAAGUACUUUACUUAAUGAAAUUUCUAAUUGUAACAUAUGAGCUUUGAUAAGCCGACGAAAUGCGAGGGCCUAUCGAUACUAACAGCGAAAUAUUAUUUCGUAAAUUAUUAAUUGGCAUUGCCAUUGCUCUAGUUAAAUUUGUAUUACAAUUCCAAUUACGUGUUUCUUCCGUGGGCGAUACAAUUAUUCAAGGAUUGUGUAAUACGUGAGAUAUGGCUUGUACAUUUAUUCCCAGUAUAACGUGAAAAGUCAAGCAGGAGACACCUUUUAUCAUUAGGGAUAAAAAAGUGAAUUUUAUUGUAUGUAAUAUCAUUAUUGUCCAUCUCAAUGGUAUAUAUUUAAGUUUGUGGAUUAAUAGAAAAACGAAAAAUCAGAAAAGAGGGACAAAUACAGGAGUUAUAAGUUUAGGCUCUCCAACCUUACUUUAUUCUUUGUCAUCCAUCGUGUAUGUAUGUUUUUUCAUCAUUAUUAUAUUAUGCCUAGAAUAAGUAAAUACGACUGAUUGAUGUGUUA